AUGCCGCUGAGCCUAAGUGCACCGCCGUUCGGCGCUGCCUACAAAGGCGCUACGCUGCAGAUUUUAGAGCAUGCUAGAGAAGCCGCUGGACUAACGUAUAAACCUAGCGUCUUUAACCCGGGCACACUCACUAGUAAGGGUCCCAUUCGUAUUGCUAAGAACCGUGUACUUCCUCGUCAUCUCCAUGACGAACCUGGCUUCAAUAUGUACUAUGAGCUUCAUGGUACCGGACCUAACCGCAUAGCAUUUAUCAUGGGACUCAGCAAUUCGUGCGCUAGCUGGCUUGACCAGGUAGAGGAAUUUGGCAGUGACCCCGCCUGCUCGGUGCUGGUACUCGACAAUCGCGGUUUCGGUAACACGGAAGCGCCUAUGCAACGUUACACGACUUCUGAUAUGGCCUUGGAUGUAUUUGAGGUCAUGGACCACAUUGGUUGGAAGGGCGACCGCUCUGUGAACUUGAUCGGUGUAUCAAUGGGUGGUAUGAUUGCGCUUGAAAUGGCGCGCCAAGAACCCUCUCGUCUCGCCUCGCUUAUGCUGUUAAGCACAUCUGCAGGUGAAGGAGGUAACCUACCGCCGCUCAGUGGGCUUAUGGCUAUAAGCAAGGGCAUCGGAGAAUCGAUCGUGGGUAUUGCGCGUGUCGAAGCUCGGGUAAAUCGCGUUGUCGACGUGCUAUUUCCGAAGACCUGGCAGAAGCAAAAGCACCCACUCGAUCCAGCAGGACGUACGAAUGGCGAAGUCAUGCGAGACAUUUUCAGAUGGCGACACUACUUCAGUUUGCAUCCUACACUUCAUGGUCCGAUGAGUCAGAUGGCCGCUUGUUUAACGCAUCAUGUACCGGAGUCAGCGCUAAAGACCAUCCAGGAUAAUGUGCCAAAAGUUUCUGUGAUGACAGGCGAUUGGGACAAUCUGGUUGCCGAGCGCCACUCGCACUACAUGAGUCGGGUUAUGGACAAAGCUCAAUUCCGUGAAUGGCAUGGCGCUGGCCAUGCUAUCCACCUGCAAUUCCCGGACAAGUUCAACGCGCAUGUGCGUCAGUUCCUCAAUUUGGCACCCAAUCCUUAG